AAGGGCGCUGUGGAGCAGCCCGGUGCCUUUUGUUUUCUCAGCUCUUGGACUUGAAGUUCAGUUUUCGUCUCUUCCGCGGUGCGCGCUGUUCGCCUCCAGCAGAAGUCACAUGAUCCAUCCAGAUCCGUGUGCUCGGACUGAAAUCUGGAAACAGUGGAAGGUAACGCUGGCUGCAUUAACUAAAGACUUUUUUUAGGAUCAUGAAGCUCAUCAUCCUGAACGACUACGACCAGGCGAGCGAAUGGGCAGCAAAGUACAUUAGAAACAAGAUUUUACAGUUCAGCCCUGGCCCCAACAAAUACUUCACUCUGGGGCUCCCUACAGGAGGCACCCCUUUAGGUUGUUAUAAGAAGCUGAUUGAAUACUACAAAAAUGGAGCUCUAUCAUUCCAGUACGUGAAGACUUUCAACAUGGAUGAAUAUGUAGGACUUCCCAGAGAUCAUCCUGAGAGCUACCACUCCUUCAUGUGGAAUAACUUCUUCAAGCACAUAGAUAUAAAAGCAGAGAACACGCACAUCCUCGAUGGCAACGCUGCCGACCUGCAGGCAGAGUGUGAUGCCUUUGAGAAGAAGAUAACAGCUGCUGGGGGGAUUCAGCUGUUUGUUGGAGGUAUUGGACCUGAUGGCCACAUUGCAUUUAAUGAGCCUGGUUCAAGUCUGGUAUCCAGGACCAGAGUGAAGACACUGGCGAAGGACACCAUUAUGGCCAAUGCCCGAUUCUUUGAUGGCGACCUCUCAAAAGUCCCCACCAUGGCGCUGACGGUGGGAGUGGGCACUGUCAUGGAUGCCAAAGAGGUCAUGAUUCUCAUCACCGGAGCACACAAGGCGUUUGCUUUGUACAAAGCCAUAGAGGAAGGUGUGAAUCACAUGUGGACGGUGUCUGCCUUCCAGCAGCACCCACAGACCAUUUUUGUGUGCGAUGAAGACGCCACCCUGGAACUGCGAGUCAAAACUGUGAAGUACUUUAAAGGCAUGAUGCAUGUCCACAACAAGCUGGUAGAGUCACCUCCAUCAGAGCCAAAGAAAAACUGAGGAAGACCUCUCUCAAACAUCCUGGAUUCAAGAGGCAUUUGACCAAAUGAGCACUCCAAUAAUUCCACUGAUUUUUUUUUUCCCUUCUUCCUCAAGAUCAAGCAAGAUUUUCCCACAACUACUUUUCAUAGAGAUAAGUUAGUGCUGGUAUAGAUGAUUCUUCAUAGAACUGCUCAUUUGUUCUUUGUAAUAAAGCAAAUUUAAUUUGUA